AUGGCCGCCAAACUUUACGUUGGAAACCUUUCCUGGAACACCACCGACGAGAGCCUCCGCGGUGUGUUCUCUGAGUUCGGCGAGAUCAUCGACUCCAUCGUCAUGCGUGACCGUGAGACCGGCCGCAGCCGUGGAUUCGGCUUCGUUACCUUCUCCAGCCAGGAGCAGGCUGAUGCUGCCGUCGCUGCCAUGAACGAGCAAGAGCUCGAUGGCCGCCGCGUUCGCGUCAACAUUGCCAACGCCCGUCCUUCUGGUGGGGGUGGCUUCGGCGGUAGUGGCGGUGCUGGCUCCUGGGGACCCCGCCAAUAG